AUGACUCUGGAAGUCAUUUAUGUAACCCGCCAUGGUUUCCGGUCAAAUUGGGUCGUCAAGCCAAGCGGAGAGUAUAGCACCUCGAUACCAAGUCCCACUGGAAUCGCCAGCGACCCAGCACUUGCCAGUUAUGGUGUAAUCCAAUCGCGGGAGCUCGCUGCUCAUCUGAAGACGCUCAACCCACCGAUCCAAAGAUUCUAUUCCUCCCCUUUCUACCGUUGUCUCCAAACAAUCAAUCCCGCCGUCGAAGCGCUCUCCUCCACAGCCCCGGACCCCGAGACGCAGAAAAUCCGGGGCGAAAAUGGCAUUGGAGAGUGGUAUGGCAUGGCACGCUUCGAGCACCCAAGCCCGGCGGAACCAAAAGUCUUAAAGAGUUUGUUUGAGAGGUAUGAUGAGGAGUACCAGCCGGUUAUCAAACCAAGCGUGCAUGGUGAAAGUAUCGAAGAGUUGCAUGACAGGGCCGCGUAUGCGAUGCAUAGGAUCAUUGAGCAGUCGGACAAUGAGGGCGUGAAGGCCAUAUGCAUUUGUACGCAUGCUGCGACACUGAUUGCGAUUGGAAGAGCUUUGACGGGACGAAUGCCGGAGAACAUUGCAGAAGAGGAUUUCCGGCCGUUCACAUGCGGAGUCAGUACGUUUGUUAGGAAGGGAACUAGGGAAAAUACUGGGGUGGUGGUGAAAGAGUGGGCUGGACCAGAGACCCCGAUUCCAGCGAUUCCAUGGAGAGGUGGGAAUGGUGUUGGGGGAGGAUGGGAGCUGAAGGUCAGCGGUGAUUGUAGCUUCUUGAGCGGGGGCGAGGAGAGAGGAUGGAGGUUCUCAGGGGAUGAGUCCUUCAGCAUUGAUCCAGAAAAGUCACCUGAGUUAGAUGCUGGCUCUGGACUCGGUGUUGUUAUCGAGGGGAAGAAAAGGCCAAAUGGCUCACUCAACCCACCACGAUUAUGA